AUGCCUGCAAAGUGUGUCUCCAUUCUUAUGAUACAACUGAUGUGUUACUUUAGUUCUGGUAGUUGUGGAAAGGUGGUAGUGUUGCCCAUGGAUUACAGUCAUUGGAUGAAUGUAAAGACAAUCCUGGAUGAACUUGUGCAUAGAGGACAUGAAGUGACUGUCUUGACAUCAUCAAUUUCUGUUCAUAUUGAUUCAAGCAAAUCAUCUAAUAUUAAAUUUGAGGCUUGCCCUACAUCUUUGAACAAAAAUAGUUUAGAAGUUUUUUUCAAAAAAAUGAUCAAUGAAUGGAUAUAUGAUUUUCCAAAAUAUUCACUUUGGACAUAUUAUUCAGUAAUGCAAAAUUUCCUUAAGGAAUAUUCUGAUAUUAUGGAAACACAGUGCAGAGAUAUAGUUUUGAACAAGAAACUUAUGACAAAACUACAAGAGUCAAGGUUUGAUGUCCUUCUUGCAGAUGCUGUGGUUCCCUGUGGUGAGCUGCUGGCUGAGCUACUGAACAUCCCUUUUGUGUACACUCUCCGCUUCCUUCCUGGCAAUACACAUGAGAAGUAUAGUGGAGGACUCCCUGUGCCUCCUUCCUAUGUGCCUGUUGUUAUGUCUGAGCUAACUGAUCAAAUGACAUUUGUGGAUCGGGUAAAAAAUAUGCUGUUUGUUUUGUUCUUUGACUUCUGGUUCCAAGUAUUUGAUGAAAAGUGGAAUCACUUUUAUAGUGAAGUUCUAGGGAGACCCACUACAUUACAUGAGACAAUGGGGAAAGCUGACAUAUGGCUUCUUCGAAGCUACUGGGAUUUGGAAUUCCCUCGUCCAUUCUUACCAAAUUUUGUCUUUGUUGGAGGACUCCAGUGCAAGCCUGCCAAACCCUUGCCUAAGGAAAUGGAAGACUUUGUCCAGAGCUCUGAAGAAAAUGGUGUUGUGGUUUUUUCUCUUGGGUCAAUGGUCAGUAACUUGACAGAAGAAAGGGCCAAUGUGAUUGCAUCAGCCCUCGCACAGAUUCCACAAAAGGUUCUCUGGAGAUAUGAUGGGAAGAAACCAGACACUUUAGGAUCCAAUACUCGGCUAUACAAGUGGAUCCCACAGAAUGACCUUCUUGGUCAUCCAAAAACCAAAGCUUUCAUAACUCAUGGUGGAGCUAAUGGUGUCUAUGAGGCAAUUCAUCAUGGGAUCCCUAUGGUGGGCAUUCCUUUGUUUGGGGAUCAACCUGACAAUAUUGUUCAUAUGAAGACCAAGGGAGCAGCUGUUAGACUGGACUUUGCCACAAUGUCAACUACAGACCUUCUCAAUGCGUUGGAGACAGUCAUCAAUGACCCUUUUUAUAAAGAGAAUGCUAUGAGGUUAUCAAGAAUUCACCACGAUCAGCCAGUAAAGCCUCUGGAUCAAGCUGUCUUCUGGAUCGAGUUUGUCAUGCGCCACAAAGGAGCCAAGCAUCUUCGUCCAGCUGUCCACGAUCUCACCUGGUUCCAGUACCACUCUCUGGAUGUGAUUGGGUUCAUGCUGGUUUGUGUGGCAACUGUUAUAUUCAUCACCACAAGAUGUUGCCUUAUUUGUUGUCAGAAGUACACAAAAACUGGAAAAGAGAAAAAAAGGGACUAG